AUGGCCUCCAUGCUAUUGAAAACUGGGAUCGUCUUCCUGUUCGAGAUAGGCAUUGGAAUCCUGGGAAAUACUUCACUCUUAUCACAUUUGAUUCUCAGACACCUGACUAUAGCCAACUCCUUGGCCAUUCUUUUUAGAGGAAUCCCAGAGACCAUGGUAGCUUUUGGGUGGAAAGAUUUCCUCGAUGACUUUGAACGCAGACUUGCUUUCUGUGCUCACAGAGCGGCCAGGGGUGUGUCCAUGGGCAGCACCUGCCUCUUGAGUAUCUUCCAGGCCGUCCCGGUCAGCCCUAGGAAAUCCAGGUGGGCGGAGCUGAAGGUGAAAGCUCCCAGUGGCUCCAAGGUUUUCAUCCUGCACAGACACAAGCAGAGGGUCCAACACCUUCAUAGGAACAACGUCUCCCCUAGAUCCUCCCCUGAGACUAGAGCCACCCAAACCAUCCUUGUCCUGGUGAGCACCUUUGUGUCUUUUACACCCUCUCCCUCAUCUUUCAAGCUUGCUUUACUCUUUUUCAUGACCCACACAGGGGGUGACAGGCGGGCCCUGGUCCACCGGCUCACAGGAAAUGAUGGGCAGAGCUCUUAA